CGGUUCUUUGUAGGGCAACAUUUUUUUGUUGUCAAAACUUAAUUUUUAUGCGAAAACGUAUCGAUUGGGUGUAUUUUUAUCAAAAUUUGAAGUGAUCGGGAUAUUCCUCACAUUCCCCUCCUCUGAAAUUAUUGAGUUAGAACAGUUAUACAUGUAUAACGGAAUAUUAUAGAGAAGAAUAACAUAACCUAUACUCGAAUAAAAAAGGCACGACAUCCGGAAUUUAAACGUUAAUAAUGCCGAAGAGUGCUAGAAAAACAAGACGUCAGCUUUUAGCAGAAAAGGCAAUGACGCAGCGACAACUGAUAAACAAAGCAAAUGCCUUGGCAAACCCUCUGGAGACUUUGCAUAAAUUCCACGAGUAUAUCACGAAGGAUAAUAACGUGAUCAAGCUUGCUUGCGUUAAGGCAAAGGAUGCACCAUCAGAUUGUAUAUCGUGGAUCUUAGAUAUUAUGGAGAGGAACAUGAAGAAAAUGUAUGAACAGUCUAGUUGGGGCUGGAACGCAACUGAGAAACAGACGGAACUAACCGAAGAAAUGGCAUGGUACUUGAUAGCAUCGUGUGAUGACAAAUUUCUUGGCUUCUCACACUUUCGAUUUGACAUUGACAAUGGCGACGUGGUAUUAUAUUGCUACGAAUUACAAUUGGAACCAUCGACCAGGCGCAAGGGACUUGGUCGCUUUAUGAUGUCAACUCUGGAAUCCAUGGCUUAUCACAAUCAAAUGAUGAAAGUUGUUUUAACCGUUUUCAAGCACAAUUCGUCAGCAAUACAAUUUUUCUACGCUCUUGGAUACAAAUUGGACAAUUCGUAUCCACCGGUCUCGGAUUUAGACUAUAUAAUCUUGAGUAAACAAAAUUUAUGUGGAUAAAUGGAAAGUAACACAUUACGUU